CGUGAGCGGCCCAGCGGGUGCAUCGUGCAAAGCGCCUGGCAUGCGUUUGCGGAAGACCUCGGCUUGCCGCAACAGCGUCGCACGGGCGGUGGAGUCGCUUUGGCAGCCAAUCAGCGGCCGGCUGAUAAUCGACAGCUCGAGGCAGCUUCUGACGUUCUUUUCUUCCGCCCUCUCCAUCACUCCUCAUCUCCACUCCACCCAUCAACCCCUUCCAAGAUGCAGAGGUUCUCGAGGCUCGGCCGCAUUGGCCAGAGCUUCGCUCAGCGCCGGUCAUUGGCCACCGUCAGCGAUGCACCGCUCUCCCGCAAGGUCGAAAUGACCAACUGGGAGAAGGGCAACUACAUCAACUACCAGAAGAUGUCGGAGAACCUCAAGAUUGUGCGCGGCCGUCUCAACCGCCCGCUCGCUCUCGCCGAGAAGAUCCUCUACUCCCACUUGGACGACCCUCACAACCAGGACAUUGAGCGCGGCACCAGCUACCUCAAGCUCCGCCCCGACCGUGUUGCUUGCCAGGAUGCCACCGCCCAGAUGGCCAUUCUGCAGUUCAUGUCGGCCGGCAUGCCCUCGGUCGCGACCCCGUCCACCGUCCACUGCGAUCACUUGAUCGAGGCCCAGGUUGGCAACCAGCAGGACUUGGCUCGCGCCAUUGACAUCAACAAGGAGGUCUAUGAUUUCCUCGCUACCUCCUGCGCCAAGUACAACAUUGGUUUCUGGAAGCCCGGUUCUGGCAUCAUCCACCAGAUCGUCCUCGAGAACUAUGCUUUCCCUGGUGCUCUGCUGAUCGGUACCGACUCUCACACUCCCAACGCUGGUGGUCUCGGCAUGGCCGCCAUUGGUGUCGGUGGUGCUGACGCCGUCGACGUCAUGGCUGGCCUCCCUUGGGAGCUGAAGGCCCCCAAGGUCAUCGGUGUCAAGCUCACCGGCAAGCUUUCUGGCUGGGCCUCGCCCAAGGAUAUCAUCCUCAAGGUUGCUGGCAUCCUUACCGUCAAGGGCGGAACCGGCGCCAUCGUCGAGUACCACGGACCCGGUGUCGACUCCCUAUCUUGCACUGGUAUGGCUACCAUCUGCAAUAUGGGAGCUGAGAUCGGUGCCACCACCUCCGUCUUCCCCUUCAACGACCGCAUGUACGACUACCUGACCGCUACCAAGCGCCAGCACAUUGGUGAUUUCGCCCGCGAGUACGCCAACGAGCUCCGCGAAGACGAGGGCACCGAGUACGACCAGCUCAUCGAGAUCAACCUCGAUGAGCUAGAGCCCCACAUCAACGGUCCUUUCACUCCCGAUCUGGCCACCCCCAUCUCCAAGUUCGCCGAGGCUGUCAAGGCCAACAACUGGCCCGAGGAGCUCAAGGUCGGUCUGAUCGGUUCUUGCACCAACUCGUCGUACGAGGACAUGGCCCGUGCUGCCUCGAUUGCUGAGGACGCCAUGGCCCACGGCAUCAAGGCCAAGGCUCUGUUCACCGUUACGCCUGGUAGUGAACAAAUCAGAGCUACAAUCGAGCGUGACGGCCAGCUCAAGACCUUCGAAGAAUUCGGCGGUAUGGUUCUGGCCAACGCCUGUGGUCCUUGCAUUGGACAGUGGGAUCGUCGCGAUGUCAAGAAGGGCACUGCUAACUCCAUCAUCUCAUCCUACAACCGUAACUUCACUGGACGUAACGAUGCUAAUCCCGCCACCCACUCUUUCGUUGCCUCGCCUGACCUCGUCGUCGCUAUGACGAUCGCUGGCACCCUCAACUUCGACCCAACCAAGGACUUUUUGACUGCAGCCGACGGCUCCAAGUUCAAGCUCAAGGAGCCCACCGGUGCCGGUCUCCCCGCCAACGGAUACGACCCAGGCCAGGACACCUACCAGGCUCCUCCUGCGGAUCGCGCAUCCGUACAGGUCGCCGUCUCCCCCACCUCCGACCGCCUCCAGAUUCUGUCUCCCUUCAACGCAUGGGACGGCAAGGACGCCACCGAUCUGCCCAUUCUCAUCAAGUGCCAGGGCAAGACCACCACAGAUCAUAUCUCUAUGGCCGGCCCCUGGUUGAAGUACCGCGGACAUUUGGACAACAUCUCCAACAACAUGUUGAUUGGUGCCAUCAACGAGGAGAACGGUGAGGCCAACAAGGUCAAGAACAUCAUCUCCGGCGGUUACGGUGCCGUCCCUGAUGUUGCCCGUGACUACAAGAAGAACGGUGUCAGGUGGGUUGUCAUCGGUGACUGGAAUUACGGCGAGGGUUCAUCUCGUGAGCACGCUGCCCUUGAGCCUAGGCACUUGGGCGGUCUUGCCAUCAUCACCCGUUCCUUCGCUCGUAUCCACGAGACCAACCUGAAGAAGCAGGGUAUGCUGCCGCUUACUUUCUCUGACCCCGCCGACUACGAGAAGAUCGGCCCCAACGACAAGGUGGAUAUUCUGGCUACUGAGCUCGCCGUCGGCAAGCCCAUCACCCUGGUCGUUCACCCUGCCAACGGCGAUGAGGCUUUUGACAUCAAGCUCUCACACACUUUCAACGAGGGCCAGCUGGAGUGGUUCAAGAACGGCUCCGCUCUCAACACCAUGGCCAAGGCUCGCAAGUAAAUGCAUACUUUGACAUGAGAUGGAACCCACCGCUACUGGGGAUGUAGAUAUGAACAGGAUACCCGGUCACGACGACGAAGAUGGAUAGGAAGACCCUACCAAGGGUGGAGAAACUCAGAACAUGAGGACUGGCAGCCCUUGAUUGGGCUUGUCACGCAAGAACUUUUUCUUUUUAGCUCUUAUCCGGGCUCAAUAUGGUUGGGUUCGGCUUGUAUUUGUGAAGGUGUUAGCAUGCAAUGUACGACUUUAUUUGUUCAGCAAUUGGAAACCUUUAAAAUGUUGA